UUUUUAAGUGUAAAAAAUUGAUCUUCCCCACCCACCUCCACUUAAUCCCUCCGAUAUUUGUUUGUUUUCUCGUGCGCUUUCCCAGUCACUGUUGUCCUUCUUCUCUUUCUUCAUUUUUUUUUUCUUUUUCUCCUAGAGCUUUAAGGUGCUUGUUCUUCGGACCAAAUUCGUGUUCUGGGUCGUUUAUUCGUACCUUGACGAGCUCCAAAUUUGAUUAAGUCUAAGAAAUUCAACUGGGUCGGAGAAAUCGAGGACCCCCACCUUCCCAUUUCUUCACCACUUGAGCUUUGAAUCAUUUCAUCUUUUACUUCAAGAGGCUCGCUCUUUCCUGCCCAUUUCUUCGUGGUUCGGUACAUUUCUGGCUACUUGAAAUGCAGAAUAGCCUCUGGGUUUACUGGGUUUUGGAGCAGAUCGGAGAAUCGCCGGCGAUUUGAUGGGAUUGAUUCUGUUAGUGUUUGAGUCUUCUUCGACCCUUAAUGGAGGAGACGAUACGGUGUUGUUGUCUAUGUACUGCUCGUAAAUUUGAUGCUAAGAUCCGCUUCGCCGUUGUUCUUUUUGAGAUUUUGCUUCUUCUGGCUUUGGAUGUUACAUAUGCUAAAUCUGAAGAUCAUCAGCUGGAAAGGGGAGCUGAAAGCAUUGUUUCACACUCCUGCAUCCAUGAUCAGAUACUCGAGCAAAAAAGGCGACCCGGGCUCAAGGUGUACUCGGUUUCCCCUCAAGUUUACGAUGCUUCUGGCACGGCAAAACCCCUUCAUAGAAGAGGUAGAGCAUUGCUUGGAGUUUCAGAAUUAUCAGAUCAGCAAAAAAAUGUAAAACAACCUAUCAGAAUAUAUCUGAAUUAUGAUGCUGUUGGUCACUCUCCUGAUAGAGAUUGUCAAAAAGUUGGUGACAUUGUGAAGCUUGGAGAGCCUCCUGCCACUAGUUCCUUUCUAGGCUCGCCUUCUUGCAAUCCUGACAGCAAUCCUCCGAUUACGGGCGACUGCUGGUAUAAUUGCACUUUAGACGAUAUCUCUGGGGAGGACAAAAGGCAUCGCCUGUACAUGGCUCUAGGACAGACAGCAGAUUGGUUUAGAAGAGCAUUGGCCGUUGAGCCUGUGAAAGGGAACUUGCGUCUAAGUGGAUACUCGGCUUGUGGACAGGAUGGAGGCGUGCAACUUCCACGUGAAUACGUCGAAGAGGGUAUUCCCAAUGCAGACUUGGUUCUUUUAGUGACCACAAGGCCUACCACUGGGAACACACUUGCUUGGGCUGUUGCAUGCGAACGUGAUCAAUGGGGCCGUGCAAUUGCAGGACAUGUGAACGUUGCACCUCGGCAUUUGACUGCCAAAGCGGAAACCUUACUUUCAGCUACUCUUAUACACGAGGUUAUGCAUGUCCUUGGUUUUGAUCCACACGCCUUUGCCCAUUUUAGAGAUGAGAGGAAAAGAAGGCGUUGUAAGGUAACAGAACAGGUCUUGGAUGAAAGACUUGGGCGCACCGUGACUCGUGUGGUGCUUCCACGUGUAGUUAUGCAUUCAAGAUAUCAUUAUGGAGCUUUUUCAAAGAAUUUUAUGGGUUUAGAGCUUGAAGACGGAGGAGGGCGUGGCACUUCAGGAUCUCACUGGGAGAAAAGGCUUCUGAUGAAUGAAAUUAUGACGGGUUCAGUUGAUACAAGAUCUGUAGUCUCAAAAAUGACUCUGGCUUUAUUGGAAGACAGUGGAUGGUACCAGGCCAACUAUAGUAUGGCUGAUCGUCUCGAUUGGGGCCGCAACCAGGGAAAUGAUUUUGUCAUGUCCCCCUGCAAUCUAUGGAAGGGGGCAUACCAUUGCAACACGACACAGUUGUCAGGAUGUACAUAUAAUAGGGAGGCAGAGGGUUACUGCCCGAUUGUUAGCUAUAAUGGCGACCUCCCUCACUGGGCUCGAUAUUUUCCCCAACCUAACAAGGGUGGACAAUCGUCAUUGGCCGAUUAUUGUACUUACUUUGUGGCUUACUCGGAUGGAUCGUGCACUGACACCAACAGUGCACGGGCACCAGACAGAAUGUUAGGUGAAGUACGAGGAAGUAAUUCAAGGUGUAUGGCCUCAUCCCUAGUCAGGACUGGGUUUGUAAGAGGUUCUAUGACCCAAGGAAACGGCUGUUAUCAGCAUCGGUGCAUUAACAAUUCAUUAGAGGUGGCUGUUGAUGGUAUGUGGAAAGUAUGUCCUGAAGCUGGUGGACUGGUUCAGUUCCCUGGCUUUAAUGGUGAAUUACUCUGCCCUGCAUAUCAUGAACUUUGUAGCAAAGACUCGGUUUCGGUGCCGGGAAAGUGCCCAAAUACUUGCAAUUUCAAUGGAGAUUGCGUGGAUGGGAAGUGUUUUUGUUUUCUUGGCUAUCAUGGACAUGAUUGUAGCAAACGAUCUUGUCCUAACAAUUGUAGUGGUCAUGGGAGGUGUCUUUCUAAUGGACUUUGUGAAUGUGGAAAUGGUUACACCGGCAUCGACUGCUCCACCGCUAUUUGCGAUGAGCAAUGUAGCCUCCAUGGAGGUGUCUGUGAUAAUGGUGUUUGCGAGUUUCGUUGUUCGGAUUAUGCUGGCUAUUCGUGCCAGAACAGCUCCAGGCUUCUUUCGAGUCUCUCUGUUUGUAAAAAUGUAUUGCAAAGGGAUAUGACUGGCCAACAUUGUGCACCCAGUGAACUGAGUAUACUACAGCAGCUCGAGGAAGUUGUUGUCAUGCCAAAUUACCACCGUUUGUUUCCCGGUGGUGCCCGGAAACUUUUUAACAUCUUCGGUGGUAGCUACUGCGACGCAGCUGCAAAACAGUUGGCUUGCUGGAUUUCAAUACAAAAGUGUGACAAAGAUGGCGACAAUAGACUCCGAGUAUGCCAUUCGGCUUGUCAGUCAUACAAUCUAGCAUGUGGGGCAUCACUCGACUGCUCCGACCAGACCCUUUUCAACAGUGAGGAGGAAGGCGAAGGGCAGUGCACAGGGUCCGGUGAGAUCAAACUGUCGUGGUUUAAUCGACUGCGCAGUAACUUAUUCGUAAUUAACAGCUCUUCAAAAGGAAGGUCUAUAAAGUAAAAUAGUCACUUGUAGUAGGGUGAUGUCUUAACUUAGGGUAGAGUUGGGGAAGCAAAUGCCCCCUUAGAUUUAGAUUUUCAGUUGUGGUCAGCCCAAAAUGAUUUGAGAAAAGAAUUGGGUUGAGAAGUAAGUGGCUAAGUUGUAGGGCUUUCAAAGAUGAAAGCUUUUUGUAGAGAGAAUUUCCAAAGUGUAUGAAACCCACGAGAGACAAAAAAAUGAGA